AUGGCUCCCGAUCCUGAACCCGGAGAAUCGCCCGCCAAGCCGUACAACCUCAGCAGUUGGGAGUGGGCUUUGGAAAACCUCGAUUUGUCAGAAUAUCGUCUCAAGUCUAUGCAAGACAUGGCCCGUCUGUUCUUGAAGGCAGACUCCCCCAUUGAGUUUCUCGACGCCUUUCUCCCCUACCCCUCCACAGCUCCAAAGCGCAAGCCACGGAAGAGGAACCCCUUCGAGAGCCUUGUCAAUGCCGACAAGGAACUUGAAACCGACGUGGUUGCACAGUUUCGAAAUGUCGUGGCACUGAAGAAGCUCUGUCCGAAGAUGGUAUUUACGACCAGCGAGAGGCGCCCCGAUCCCAAGAACAUGGAUGGGACAGGACAGAAGGUCGAUGCUGCCUUCUUCCGUCCACAGGAUGCACCGACAGACGGACGCCCCCACUGGUCGUCUCAGGUGGUGCCCGCGGAGUUCAAGAGCAGGAAGAAGGGCGACAUCUACGAUCCAUUCGAUGACAAGGGUAUUGACUUCGAAUCCCAGGCGGAAAAGCGCAAGGAGGUACGCGCUCAGAUCGUCACCUACUCCGAGUUGGUUUUCGAGCACCAGCAUCGCGUCUUCGUCAUCAUGCUUCUGGUCAUGGGACGUCGCUACCGCCUUCUGCGCUGGGAUCGGGCUGGCACGAUCGUUACUCCAUCUGUCGACUAUUACGAGAAUCCAGAUGAUCUCUGCGAGUUCCUGUGGCGCAUCUCCCAUCUGGACGACGAAGCGCUUGGGAUCGAUCCUACUGCCAUUCGUCUCGAGGGAGACGACUUCGACGAGUUGGACACCAUCGCCCAGCGCGUUGUGAACGAGGUGGAUGAGACGCCUCGUCCCCUAGAGGGAGAGACGUUUCCCGAGUCUUUCCACUACAAGUACGUGCGGAAGAUGUUUGAGGAGUCGAUCCGGGACAGGGACCGGCCGCGAUACAAGCUCCAAAUUCCUUCAGGCGACGGGGUGGAUCACUUCCUCGUUGGAAAGGCCGCAGUGGUCACACCCGGCAUGGCUGGUCGUGGCACGCAGUGCUGGGUGGCGUGGCACUGUGAAGGGUCUCGUUUCGUCUGGCUGAAAGACUCGUGGCGUGUGUCGUUCGAGGAGAUCGAGAAGGAGGGUGACAUUCUUGCUCGUCUCAAUCACGUGAAGAUACCAGGGGUACCCACACUUGUCUGCCACGGCGACAUCGGAAACCAGACGACUCUCACCGCUGACUGGUGGAAGCACAAGAAUCCUCGAGCUCCUGUUGCCGAAUCCCCGACUGCCACCUCUGCGCCACCCACUGUACCUGACACCGUCGCAGAAGUAGGUAUGCCGCUCAAAAAGUUCCUGUUUGGGCGACAACUUGCGAGUAUCGUGUUGGACUGCAUUGGUGCCCACUUUGACGCCGCCAGUCACAAGAAGUUGAGAGUCCGCGUUUUGCAUCGUGAUGUGAGCGACCAAAACAUCAUCAUCUACCCGAAGAUUACCCGAUCCUCGGAGGGUGUGCGCUCUUUGGUAUGGGGUGGCCUUCUCACGGACUGGGAGAUCUCGAAGCCUGUCAUCGAGCGCAACAUCCAACCAAAGGCGCGCCAACCACAGCGCUCGGGCCGGUGGCAAUUCAUGUCCGUGUAUCUACUCAUGAACACUUUGCGGCGAGUGAAGAUAGAGGACGAACUGGAAUCGUUCUUCCACAUCCUCGUGUAUUACGCAGUGCGCUACCUCAAGUCGACCCUUUUGACGGAUGAUGACGCGGCUCAUUUCCUGGAGAAGUGCUACGACUGCUUCACAGUCCACAACAACAGGAUCAUCUGCGGUGCUCAGAAGUGGGCGAUAGUCAUGCAGAAAACCGCUGGUGGCCUCUUCUUCGACCAUCCCAUGUAUAAUUCCACGCUGCCCAUCACGUUUGCUAGCAAGGGGCUCGACGUCAUCGUCCACAGAUUCCUUCUCUGCAUCUCAGCACGCUACAAGAUCCUCGCGUGGAACGAAUGGCUGGAGAAACAUCCGAACCACCCUGCACAUCCUCAACAUCGCGAUCGUUUCCAGACCCCCCCACCGUCCAAGCGCAGGCGUGUAGAGGGUGAUAGCAGUGCCUCCGACGCCCCGCGUAGGAAUAGAGAGGACGACGAUGGUCCCACGCCGGGAAUGAGGAUGCCCGACAUCCCCACCCCCGAGGACCGCAUACUUGCUGAUAGGUUGACAAACCACCCUUACAUGAUCGCACAGAUCCGGAACACCACUUCGAAAGUCUCCUUCUGGAAGGAGGACAGGCUGCACGACCGCGUACCGCCCGACUACAAGUGUCACUACCCACUCUAUGAGACCCUCCCCGAGCCCCAGACCCUUCCCGAGCCUCAGACCACCUCCGUCGCCGACUCCGAGUAA